UAUCACACAUUAGUUUAUUUUACCUUUUUCUCUAACUAGUGAGAAGGUAUAAAUAUUAGAAUCAUUUAACAAUAAAGCACAUCCGAGUUUUUCAAAAGAUGAAUACACAUUUGACUUGGAUCGUAUACACAAUAAUCGUUCCUUCUCUGAGUUUAGCUCGAAGCAAUCCUGUCUGCCAUCAAAAAAUUUCCAGAGAUCCUGUAAACUGUAAUUAUAGAUCAGUAUGGAGCUAUAAUGCAAUAAUUGAUGAAUGCUUCUCAUGGGAUUAUGCAGGAUGCGAUCUACAGGGCAAUGUUUUCGAAAAUUAUGCAGAUUGUCGAUACCAAUGUAGUCGGAAAGCUUCGACAGUUGCUUGGAUUAAAGACCAUAGAUGUCAUUUGGAUAUUAUGGAACCUGAUGCAUCUGAAAGUGACUGUACAGGAGGGUACGUAUGGUCCUUUGACUGGGAUCUGCAAGAGUGUAUUGGUCGACAUUACCAAGGAUGCACAGUCCGUGGUAACAUGUUCAGCCAAAAAUCGGACUGCGUGAACUUCUGCCAGCCAUUGGCCGAUGUGAAUUAUAGUUCAAUUGCUUGGAAGUUGGAGGCUUGCUUUUUUCCCGUUUCCCAAGCAUUGGUACGUACUAAAUGUGAGAAAGGUACUGAAGUGUUUAGCUAUUAUUCAGGCAGAAGAAGAUGCGAGAAAUCCACUUAUUAUGGAUGCGAGAUUCGAGGCAAUAAGUUCAUCUCCUUAGAAGAUUGCAAAAAAAAAUGUGCCAAAAAUGAUGUUCCUUCCACAUUGUUCCGAUAAGUCCUUUUUAGACUCUUCAAAGUGUAUUUAAAUACAAAAUUUCAAAAUUUUGGGAAUUAUAAACCUAAACAGACCAGUGAAUGUUAUAUAUUUAUAUAAGUAUGUUUACUAAAACUAUAAUUCAAUAAAUCCCUCUUUAUAAUUUUUUUGCUGGCUGAGCCUAA